AUGACAUCACAACCUAUCACCGCACCUCUUGAUCAACUUCCCGAUGAAUUGUUACUUUGUAUUGUUACCUUCUCCACCAACAAUCCUAUUGACAUCAUUAAAUUCUCCCACAUUAACAAACGAAUGGAGAGAGUAUUAAAUUCAUAUCCGAACAUCUUCCCCCAAUUAAUUACCUAUGAUCCUUUGGAUCCACUUGACAGAAGUACCUCAAAGCUGAUGAAUGGAUAUUUAUUUGGUAAAUUUUGGGAAAAUCCACUGAAAAAUGGUUUUGCAGUUUUGAAGGAGUUUACUAAGAGAGUGUUUGGACCCAGAUCUAAAACAUUAAGUAAAAAGAGUACAACUGGGAUUAGGCAACCAGAAAAGUAUCUGGGAGUGAUAUCUGAAAUGAAACAGCAGGUAGAUUCAGAGCAGAAGCUUGUUGAUUGUUUGAAAUGGUCAAGAAGAGACCCCAUUGGUAUAAUUAAGGCCAUUGAAUCUCGGGGACGUGCUGUUGAAAGAGCUAACACCUCAAGAAUAACACAUUUAUCGU